UAACUGACAAACAUGCUAAUGACAAAAUGAGUUUAACUAAAUCUGACUCAAAGGGAUCAAAUAAAUCCUAUAAAAAUGAUAAAUUUAUGUUAGAGAAGACCGUUGUUUAUGAUUCAAACAAACAAUUAACUGAGCAUUUUGAAGGUGAAAUUUCUCAGCAUAAAACAUUCUCCAUUCAAUCUAAUUUAAUUGAAAAGAACUCUGACAACGCCGCUGCUUUCGGAACUUCUAUCAAUACUUUUUUUGAUGACUUUAUUGCCGAGCAAUGCAUUGGUUCUAGUGUGAGAUCAUCGAAUAAUAUUAAUACCGACAUUUCAUUGAACAGUUUUAAAAAUGAAUUUAUAAUUCCCGACUUAUGUAAUGUAGAAAACUCCGAUAAUUAUUUUAAAGAUGAAACCGAAUUUGAGCCAUUUAAUAAUAUUAAUUCCGAUACGUCUACAUACACCACAGUUGAUAUUUCGGCUGACACUAAUAUUCAGGAUCCUUCUCAUAUAUCUACUUAUCAGAAUGUGGAUACUUUCUCUCUAAAUAAAGAUGAAAAUGAUCGUAUUGAGAUUAGUCGCUUGGAUGAUUUGGAAGUUGAUACUGUAACGUCAAUUGGUAAUGAUAAAUCAUCGAAUGAACUGAAAGAUGCUGCUUUUGAAAAGUCUAAUUUUGAAUUAAGUGAAAGUUUGUUUGAAUUUAUGAAUGUAACAUCUACAACGUUAGGUCAUUUUGAGUUUGAUCACAGUUUGAAUGAAUCUGAGGAUGUGAAUAAUUCUUCAAUUAAUGAGAAGUGUAGUAUAGUAGAAGAUAAUUCUGAUUUAAGUAAUGAAGAUAUAGAAAAUAGUUUAAAAUAUCAUAAAUUAAAAAAUAUUGUUAUUCUUGAGAAUGUUGGUACUACAUCUCAAACUGACCAUAGCGCAUCUCCAAAUUAUUCAAUAAAUGUUUCUAAUAAAUUGGAUGUUAUUGGGAGUGAUGUAAAUGAAGAUAAUGUAAGUAAAAAAUCGUAUGGAAUUCGAAGAACAGAUAUAACUAAAUCAGGUUUCAGUUCUUCUAAAAAAUCAAAAGAUUUUGGAAGUAUUAAAAAAGAUAUUAAAUCCAAAGAAAUUAUCAAAAAUGAAAAUGUAGGAGUUAUGCGUAGUUCUUCAUUACGCUCUAAUACAUCUACAAUAUCUAAAUCAUAUACGACAUCUAAUAAAUCUAAAAUUAUGAGAUCUGAAAGCACAAAGAUUGUUCGUUCAUCUUUUGAAUCCAAAACAUCGAUACAAAAUGUUAGUGCAUUGAGCCAAAGUAAAAGUGUUGGCACCAAAUCCACUUUUAACAGAUCUUCAAACAGCUUAAGAACAAAGGCUGAUACAGAAAUGAAAGAUUUUAGAUCAACGAAUUCGUCCAAAAAAAUAUCACGAAAUAUUGUAUCAUCUUCUAAAACUGAAUUUGAAACCGUCAAUAACAAUGAAUACAAAUCUUCAACUUUCAUAUCGAAAAACCAAUCUUUAAAUCAGUCGCUUACAAAAAAAUCUAAUGUUCGUCAAGAAUUGAAUACUGAAAGUAAAAACAACCAAAAUUUACGUGCAAAUGUAACUUCGAUAAAAGUUGCUACUAAAAUAUCAAAUGAAUCAUCGACAAAAUCAAUUACUACAGUAAAUAAAAAAAACUUUUCGAAAAUUGAACAAACUCCAGGUACUAAAUUGAUAGAUUCAAAACGUUCAUCAAGUAAUAUUUCAACAAAGAUUAUACAUCCACUUGAAUCACAAGAUAAAAACAUCAAGCUAUCAGUAGUAAAUAGAACAUUAAAUAAAAGUCUGAAAAAACCAGAAAUAGAAAAACAUCGUAAGACAACUGUAAAUGAAAAAUUAAAAAACAAAGAAGUUAUGGAAGUACCCGAAACAUCUUCUAAGCCUAAAGUUAAAAGUUAUAUGGCGUCUACUGAAUCUCGUAAUAGAAAAGUAGAAAAUAUUUCUCAUGCUCAAAGUAAAACAUCUGAUGUUUCAACCAAAUAUCAACGUAUAAUGUCAGACAAACAAAAAAAAAUUCCCACGUCCCCGUCAAGAAUACCUAUUAAAGACAAUUCAAUUAAAACGCCGAUUAAAAAGAAUUUAUCACUCUUGGAUACACGAUCAUCAUCCAUUUCGGACCCAAGAGUCUUAAGCGCACCAUCACAAAGAAGUGGUUUUGACUUUAUGUCUUCACCUAGAAAAAUAAGUCCAACAUCAUUACCAGUUAGUCCGGCUCACAGAUGUUUAAAGGCUGAUAAAAAAAUCAGUUCAGUGUUAAUUACAUCAGAAGUCUUCUCAAGCUCCUCAGAUCGUGCAUCGUCUGUAGAAUUAGUAUAUGAGCAACCAAAACGUUCUCCUAGUUCAUCAAUGUCCGAACAACAGCCUGCUUCUAUAACAGAAUCAGUAUCAUUAGAUGAUGAGGAAACUACUCAUUCUUCAACCUCAGACACCAAUCGAGAUUCCGAGAUAAACUCAAACAUUUUUGACGAUUCAUCAAUAGAGUUGCAUUUAGUAUUGAGGAAACCUAAUCAAUUUUUAUUAUCUGAUGAAAUGUCCGAAGAAAGCCAAACAAGCUUACCCCAGAUUGCAAUAACUGCGUAUGAGUCCAACGAGGAAGACAUUGAAGUAACAAAUCUAUUAAAUGGAGUGAACGAGGAAAAUAUUGUUAAGAUACAUGAACCACGAUCAGUUUCUCCUAAACCAAACAGGCAUAAAUCAAGAAUUAUAUUGAAAUCUCCUAUCACUACACAUUUACAAAAGUCACUUUCUCCUUGUUUGUCGGAUUUGAAUAGCUGUACAGAUGUUGAAGUUAUGUCAGAUUCAGAUGAGGAAAAGUUUUAUGUACGAACUUCUAAUCUUACUCCAGGUCCUAUAAAUUAUUUCAUUCUAACAGAUGUGGAAGACUUAAGUGAAGAUGAAGGAUAUGAAAAAAACAAUAAGGUUAUAGAAGAACUUACUGAUACUGAACAUUUCACAGAUGAUAAAGGAAUAAUCAAUGAAGUUGAAUACACUGAACAACCUUUGGAAUCAAUGCCCUAUUUUCCUCAGCCACACAGAGAAAUUUUAUUUCACUCGAAAGAUGGAACAGUAAGUGCAUUAUCACCAACAGAAGAAUCCAACCCUAUAUGGCUUAAAUCUCCAAAUGAAGAAGUUAAAGGCUUUGAAUCCGAGGAAGAAAUUAUAACAGUUGAAGAACAUGGGGAUACAGAGUCAUAUAUUAAAAACAAUAAUAAUACAUAUUACCAUGAUAUAGAUGUAGGUGUAGUGGAAUCUGUGGAAACUGUUAAACAAGAUCGAUGUAAACAUAAAUAUAAAAAUCGAGUAUUAACAUCAAAAAAAAAUAUAACGCCUGAAGCAGAAUGUGGUAAAAAACGAUAUCGAAAUAAAAACCGGUGCAAUUCAGAGAUUGAAGAAAACUUUGAAAAACGUUCUGAAGAAAAUAAGAAAAAAACACUAUCAAAGGUCAUGUCAGAACCCACUCUCAGCAAUGUGGCCAUUCCUAAACAAAAUCAAAAUAUUAAGACAAAUAAAAUCAGCAACCAAGAAAAUAAUAAUACGUUUGUGAUACAUGACAACAGAAAUGGUUUUAGCAUUUCUAUUGACUUUCAAAGCCAGAACUCGGUAUUAUUAAGCGUUGGUAGGGAUUACGGAAAUUUAUCAAUGAGAUGGUUUAAUGAUGGAAUAAUGACAGGGGAUGAAGCCAAUCAAACUCAACAACAAAAUGCAAAGUCUAUAGAUAAUUCUGAGCGCAGCCCAGAAUUAACAACUAACGCCAACAACUUAGCACUUCAAAACUCCGUAGAUAAAAUCCCACCUAAACCAAAUCCUAGACUUUCCAUUGACUGUAGUAUGACGUCAUCAUUAGAUGAAGAUGAUGAAAACUAUACUACAAAAAAACAAUUUUGGGAAGAAAUAACCAAAACUAAUCAACCUCCUCUACCAAAACCUAGAUAUAGUAUUUCAUUACCAAUCAACAAUUCAAAAAGACCCGUAAUAAACAAUGCUUCUUUAGAACUCUUCGAAAAUUCAUUCGGUGCUUCUGAUAAUGCAGAAGUACCUGAAAUGAUCAAUAAUCUAACGACAAGUAACCAAACUACAGAAAAAAUUGUAGUUUCUGAGUUCACUUGUCUGAAAUCGGAAUGUCUCGAUGAACAACUCCGUACAUCAAAACCAGAAGAUCAUAAUGAUGUUAAAGAAACCAAACGAUUAGAUUCUGAAACUGAAUAUAUUAUUAAGUAUGGAGAAGAAUCAUUAGCUUUUGAAAAUGAAGGCUUCCAGGAAGAAGAUGUUUUUGAUGAUAAAGUUUCAGCUAAAAAAGAAUACUCGCAGGGUUCAAAUAAAAAAAAAAUGGACCCAAAAACUAGAUCAAUGUCAUUACCAUCUCAUCAAACUGAACAUAUUUCCUCUAAAAAAUAUAUUCAACAAAUUAAGCCUCAAAUGGAAGGCAUACAAAUGGAACAAGAAUCUUCACCUGAACACAAAUCAUUGAAAAACACAACCCGUCAACAAUCACCAAGCCAAGAAGUUCUUAUUAACCGUCAAAUUCAUAAGCACAUAUUUUCCAAUGAAUUAGAUGAGCAAAUAGAUUCAUUAAUACCAGAAGAAAAAUAUUUAGGCUUAAAAUGUGAAAAAAGUGUAUCGACGAAUUCGAUGCUAACGUCAUCUGAUAAAAUAUCUGGAAAUACAAGUGGAAAAUCAAUUACAAAAACCGAAUCUGCUGAAUCAUCUGUACUUGAUGAUUUACCAGAAGAAAUAAAGAUAAAUAAAGUUAUUUCUAAACAAUCAAAAGACAAAAAUUCGUCAAGUUUAACCCAAGAUCAAAUUGAUGAAAUUCCUUCGGACACUUGUUCAUUUAUUGAAGAAAAAGAAAAAUCCAUUUUACAUACUGAAUCAAUUGAUUCUUCAAUGAUUGAUGAUGAAUUACAUAACGAAAUAGAAAACGAAAAAGAAAUGUAUUCAGAGAUUGUGCCAGAUCGUAUUAUUCACACUCCCGAAGAACACAUUCCUGAUACAAUAUGGGAAGUCACUCAGCUCGGAACCGACGACCAAGAAUUAGAGAACAUCGAUGACAAAGAUCAAUGUAUUUUCCAUCAAAAUUUUGUUCAACAAGUUGAUUCUAAAGAAAGUUUUGAAACCCCAAAAAAAGAAAUGACUGGAGAACUGGCUAGAAAUAUAGCAGAGCAAUUAAUUAAUGAAAUUGAAAUCGAACUUACAAAACGUCAUGAUGUGUUGGCAAACUUACAUCAUUUAAUGAUGUCACCUGAUCAAUUUCAACAACUGGAAAAUAGUGGUUAUUUAGAUAUGGAAGGAGAAGAUUUGCAGUUUAAAAUUAUGGAAUCAGUAUUAGCAAGAAAGUCCAGAGACCAAUUGAAAAGUAUUUCAAAACACGAUACAAUUACUUCAAGUAUUGAAAUUACCGACGAAGACUUGAAAAGUAGUGGUUUUGAGAUCGAAUACGAAGGAUUGACGAAAUCACGUUUCACAGAACAUAUUAUUCCAGAAAGUGAUUAUGAAAAAUCGAAAACAAAUCCCUCUAAUAAAAACCCAGAUAUGUUUGAUGAAUCUCGACAAUCUUCACAUGAUGAAAAAGAAAAAUAUUAUAAAGAAGCAAAAGAUAAUAUUAUUAUUGAAGCUUAUAUAAAGGAACACCAAAACGAAAAUGAUAAACGAAUAGAAUCUCAACAAAAAGAUAUUUUUUCAAGUGGGCAAAUUGAUCAUAAAUUAAUCUCCCAAAAACACAACAAAGAUACUAAAACCGAUGUUUUUGAAAGCAAGAUAAUCAAUGAAAAUGACCAAAAAAUAGAAACACAAGAACUCGGAUCACAUUAUAAUUCUAAUGAUGGUAAUAAUAUCCACACUAUUCUUAAUUCAAGUAAAAUAUCAAACAUUGAUAAGGGGAAAAAAAUCGAUAAGAGUGUUUUGGAAAAUAAUAGUCAUCAAAUGCACUCUAAAGAAUUCUUUGAAGUAGAAAAUAAACAAAAUAUACACGGGAAAACUGGAAAUAUUAUUACUAACGAAAAACACGUUGAUACAGUGAUAAAAGAUUUCGACGAUGAACUAAUAAAAGAAAAACAGCACUCAGAAAAAACUACUGACGAUGGAUUAGAAAUAUGUAAUAUUGACCGAGAAGAAUACCGAGCAACAUCUUGCAUUUUGAAAGAAACAGUGAAUGAUUAUAAAAACGAAGUAACAUUGAUAAAAGAUGUUGAGCCAUGCUCUUCAAAGUCACUAAUCAAGCAAUCAAGUGCUGAAUCCUUUCCUUCAAAAGAUAACUCCGUCCAUUCACCAACUUCGCCAUCGUCGUCUUCAAUUGAUAUUCGAGAAGAAAAACGUGUAAAUUUUGACGCUGUUGUCUUAAGAAAGCCUGAUUCGAUUAAUAUAAAUAAACUCUCAACAAAAAAACCUGCAGAUUCCAGCUCAAGUGAUAGCCAUUAUCAUUCGUUUGACCUAACAUCAUCUAGCAGACCGUGUUCGUCAGACAUGGACGGCCUUUUAGCUGGGUCAUCUGAGUAUGAAUCUGCUGUUUCAGUACCGUCAAAUGAAUACCACACAGCAAUAAGUUCGCUGAGCUCGAGAGAAUCGAUGAAAUCACUGGAUUCAGAAAGUUCUGGUAACCUUGCUUCAGUGGAAAACAGCGAAGCAUCUGAGACACUAAUUGCAUCAACAGGAGAUUUAGAUUUUGAUCAAGAAGGUACAAACUCAAUUUUAGAAGAUGAAGAUAAAAUAGAACCAUAUGAACAAGAAAUACCUAUGCAUAUAAUUAGAGGAGAAUCCUUACCAAUUAUAGCAGAAUUAACCGAAAUGAAGUACAGUAGCAUGUAUAAAACUCAACCAUUUUCUCAACCAGCCAUAAAUAGUGAAAAAAAUAUGCAAAAAAUGAAAAGAUCACAUGAAAUGACUUUUCAUCCAAUGCCGAAACAUAUAACUAGUGAUAGUUUAUCCGAUUCAUCAUCUCACGAAGAAAAAUUAUUUUCUAGUGAAGAUGCCAGUAUGAGUAUAUCAAGUACAGAAGGCCAAGCAAUACAAACUGUUGUUGAAGCAAUGAAUGGAUUUCCAGAAUCUGGGACAUGCAGUUUUAGUUUCAGCGAUGAAAAUACAAAAUCUGUUGAAACUUCCACUAUUCAAAAUGAAGAUGAACAUUAUGACAAUGAAAACAAAUGCGUGACAAUAAUAUCAUCUUCAGUACCAGUGGAAUACGGAAUUUCCCAAAAUGUAUGUACUCAAAUGACGACCAAAUCAGAGGAAGUACAAAAAAAAGGACAUCGAAGAAAUAGUAGUUCGUUUAGUAAGAUAUUGGUUGAAGACUUAGACAUUAUCGAUAACAAAGAAAGUGUAGAUACAGAUCAACCCAAGGAAUUUACAGCUUAUAACCAACACUCGGAACAUAUUCAAGAUAAAUCUAAAAUAACACUUGAAAAUAUUUCAUCGAGAGAUGUGCAUGAUUUGGAAUCAGAAAAAGAAAUUCCUUCAAUACAUGAUAAACACAAUUUCGAUAUGCACGGAAGUAUAUCUGACAAACAUAGUUUUGAACACAUUGAUGAUAUUGCCGAAUCAGAUGCCGCUUUUCAAAUGGUACCUCAUGUAUCGCCAGCAAUACCAGCUUCUUUACCUCCAACAAUACCAGAGGAUCCUUUUUCAGAAGACGAGGAUGAUUUAUUAGACGAUUCUACGGAUACAGUUCCUAAUAUUAUGAUAACAGAACAUAUGGCUCCUUUGAUUGAUCGAGGUUUUCAUUACCCAGACUUGGAUCUUGAAGCUAAGGAACUAGAAGUUAAAUCAUCGACCCCACAAACGCCUGCAUCGAUAAGUAGUAAAGAAUCAUCAGAUACAGAUCAAGGUAGAGAAUACAUAAUAAAUGAAGACUAUGACCCACACGAAGAACCUUCGUGGACUGGUGAGGAACAAACCAUUCUUGAAAAAGUAGAAGAAACAGAGGAAAAAGAAUCUGUUUCUUUAAGUGAAUCAUUCGAGUUGGUGGAUAAUGUAGAAGAAAAACUUGACAGCUCAGAAGACGAAUUUGUAGUAAUAGAAGAAAUAGGAAAAGAAGCUAAAGAAGAAGAUUCUGAAGGAAAAGCCAUACAAAUUCAAACGAACACAAAAAUAAUUCAUAAAAGUGUAACCAACACGAGUUCGCCUCAACAUGAAUCAGACUCAGAAAGUCCUGGAUCAAAAAGUCAACUUGAAUUAGAGUUUGCAAAUCAAAAAUGGGUUGAACUUCAAUUUGAAGAUGACAACACUAUAAACGAAGUUUAUGGAUAUAAUAUAGAGUAUGAACGACCCCCUCUUGAAGAUAUCAAAGAAGAAGAUACUGAUGAUUUACAAAGCAGUAAAGUUGGGAGCGUUGGAAGUCAAGUCAGUCAUUCAAUUGAUAGCUUUGGCAGUAUGAAAGAAUCAUUUAGCAGUACUCCAGAAAGUAAAAAAUACUUAGGAAAAUCAUUGGAGAAUGAUAAUAUAUCAGUGAAUUCACUACAAGAGUUUGAAAGGUUAGAACAGUUGGUAAGAAUCGAAUCAAUGAAAGCCAAGUCUUCGGGAUCUUUAGCAUCAACUACAAGCUCUUCUAAUAGCAGAAAGGAUGAUUUAUCAUUAGCUUCUCUUAAAGAUUUUGAAACAAUAGAGGCAGCUUGUUUUAAAACUGAAUUAAUUGAAAAUAAAGCUUUAGCCACCGAAAAAUCAUUAGAUGACGAAGAUAUGUUUAAAAUCAAUGAAAUUAUAAAAGAAGCUGAGAUCAAUUUAGAACAAAACGAAGAUAAUUCUGAAAAACAUGUAUCAGAAGAUGAUAAUUUGACUAGUACAGAAUCACUUGACUUAAAAACAAUUGUUACCGAAAUGAAAGUAUCAGCUUCUCUUGAACAUAUCUCAAAUACUGGUUUUAUGGAAGGGAAACAAAAUGAUUAUGAUGACUGUAUGAACUCAAGUGUUUCAAGUCGUGGCUUUAGUAGUCCAAUUAUGGAUGAUCAUUCAAAAGAGUCAUCGUACAGAAACAGUUUAAUUUUAGGUAGCAAUGACUCACUAGGUCCAAUAAGUUCCACGUCGACGAAUGCCACUUACCACUGUGAAACUGGAUCCAACAUGUCUUCUAGUUUCACAAGUGGAGGUUCAAAUACUAUGGUGUCCAGUAUGGAAGGCCUUGACAAAACUGGAAGCAAACAUGAUUGGUUUGACGAACACGAAACUUUUGAAACAUUCAAAAAGGAUCCAGAUGGAACAGAGUUCACCCAUAAAGUCAUACGACUGCCAGCUGAAAUGCACAAAGUAACGGCAAAAGGACCCGAAAAAGAAAAAAUUAUAGAAGAUUUUGUAGAAUACUUUUCACCUGGAGAAUUCCAACAGGAUAUGGAACGUACAGAUGAGCAUGGAAAUAUAUUUGUUACACGAAUUGUACAAAAACGAAUGGUUUUUGAUACCGAAGAACUAGCAAGUAAAGGUGUUUCUGAAGACGAAUUAAACGAAUGUUUAAGAAAACUUUCUAAAGACUCCAAUAAUGGAUUUGAAAUCAGUAAGAAAACUUCAACACACAUUGCAGGGUCGUCUGAAGAGAUAAGAGGACCAUCAAAGUAUGAUACAAAACAAGAGUUGCAAGUGGCCGCAUCAAAACCGGAGUUGAAGUGUGAAAUUAGUAUGGACGACGAUACAGAAAUAGAUCUACGCGAGCAUGACUGGCGCUUUCAACAUCAAACAAAUACCGAAACUGAUGACAUUACAAAGCCAAGUACAUCAGGAUGGACUGGAAAAUCGAAACCAAAAGAAAAUGUAUCUGAACUGUAAAGUCAAUAAAAUAUGAUUUUGAAUUUUAAUAAUUGUAUACAUCACUAUUAUUA